AAAACUCCAUAGCCACUACCACUACCACCACCCACAUCACAGUUUAGAUUUUUCCAUUCUCCUAAACUAACCAUGACUUUCAAUUUGACCUCUGUGAAGACCUCCUCCGAUGGAGCAUGGCAAGGCGAUAAUCCUCUCAAUUACGCCUUCCCACUCCUCAUCAUCCAGAUCAUUCUGGUCCUUGUCGUCGGCCGCUUCUUAGCUUUCCUUCUCAAACCUCUCCGACAACCCAAUGUUAUUGCAGAGAUUAUUGGAGGAAUCCUCUUAGGACCAUCAGCUCUAGGUAGGAACAAAACUUACUUACACAAAAUCUUCCCUUCAUGGAGUACUCCCAUACUAGAAUCCGUCGCAAGCAUUGGACUCUUAUUCUUUCUCUUCCUAGUGGGUCUCGAGCUAGAUCUAAAAUCAGUCCGACGAAGCGGACGAAAAGCUUUCUCAAUCGCCGCCGCCGGAAUCACUCUCCCUUUCAUCUCCGGCGUUGGGGUUGCCUACGUUCUCCGGGGAACCGUCCAAGGAGCUAAAGAAGCUGGUUACCUUCAAUUCCUUGUUUUCAUGGGUGUAUCUCUCUCCAUCACAGCCUUCCCUGUCUUGGCCCGCAUUUUAGCCGAGCUCAAAAUCCUCACCACCCAACUCGGCGAGACGGCCAUGGCCGCCGCGGCUUUUAACGACUUGGUUGCGUGGGUUUUACUCGCUCUGGCAGUGGCUUUAGCCGGGAACGGUAGUGGUGGAAUACAUAAGAGUCCAGUGGUGUGUGUUUGGGUGCUUUUAUCUGGGGUGGUUUUUGUGGUCUUCAUGAUGGUGGUUAUCCGGUCGGUGAUGACGUGGGUUGGCCGGAAAUGUUCUUCGCAGCAAGAAGCCGGCGACGAAAUUUACAUAUUCUUGACAUUAGGAGGAGUUCUUGUAUCGGGUUUCAUGACGGAUCUGAUAGGGAUACAUUCUAUAUUUGGGGCUUUCGUGUUUGGGUUGACGGUACCUAAAGAAGGUGAGUUUGCGGGGAAGUUAAUACUGAGGAUAGAAGAUUUCGUAUCAGGGCUUUUGCUGCCACUUUACUUUGCUUCUAGUGGGCUUAAGACGGAUGUGACGAAGAUGCAUGGAGGAGAAGCUUGGGGGUUACUGGUUUUUGUCAUUGCCACUACUUGUGCUGGGAAGAUUCUGGGUACCUUCUUUGCGGCCAUGAUCAAUGGAGUACCAGCUAGAGAGUCGUUGACCCUUGGGGUGCUCAUGAACACCAAAGGGUUGGUGGAGCUUAUUGUUCUUAACAUUGGGAAAGAGAAGAAGGUGCUCAACGACGAGAUAUUUGCAAUCCUAGUACUAAUGGCACUCUUCACCACGUUCGUGACGACUCCAAUUGUGAUAGCUCUCUAUAAACCAGCUCGCAGAGCCUUCCUCCAUACCCAACGCAAGCUUCAACGAGAAUCUCCUUCCAACUCCAUAGGCGAGCUACGCAUCCUUGCUUGCGUCCGCGGACCUGGAAACGUUCCCUCACUCAUCAACCUCAUUGAGUCAACCCGUGGAAAAAACAAAGCCCCACUCAAGCUUUACAUCAUGCACCUGGUUGAACUCACUGAGCGAACCUCAUCCAUCAUCAUGGCUCAACGCGCCCGCAGGAACGGCCUCCCUUUAAUCGACCGCCUCCACAAUGGCGACUCCCACGACGGCGGUGUCACCGUGGCUUUCGAGGCUUACGGUCAACUCGGACGAGUCAAAGUCCGAACCGUUACCGCCAUAUCAGCACUUCAUACCAUGCAUGAGGAUGUUUGCCACGUGGCGGAAGAGAAGAGGGUGAGUAUGGUGAUCCUUCCUUUUCAUAAGCACGGUAGAGGUGGUGGUGAGAUGGACAAUGUAGGCCAUGGCUGGAGAAUGGUCAACCGAAGGAUCUUAAAGGAGUCUCCUUGUUCUGUGGCUGUGCUCGUUGACCGUGGCCUCGGUGGUGGUGGGCCCAAUCGAAAUGUUCCUUCACCAAGUGCCAACGUGACACAAGGUAUCUGCGUUGUUUUCUUCGGUGGGCCCGACGAUCGUGAGGCUUUGGAGUUGGGAGGACGAAUGGCGGAACAUCCAGGGGUGAGGGUCACAUUGAUACGCUUCCUUGAAGGGGCAGCGUCGCUGCCCAAUGGACAGAUUAUGCUGCAGCCGUCGCCGGAAAAGUGCUCGGAGAAGAAUUACAGCUUCUCAACCGCCGUGAUGGAUAGAGAAAUGGAAAAGGAGUUGGAUGAAGCGGCGGUGGCGGAGUUCCAGAGGAGGUGGAAAGGGAUGGCAGAGUACACAGAGAAGAAGGCGAGCAAUAUAGUGGAAGGUGUGGUGGCGAUUGGGAGGAGCGGACAGUAUGAACUGAUCAUAGUAGGAAAGGGUAGGUUUCCGUCGACGAUGGUGGCGGAACUGGCGGAGAGAUCGGCGGAGCACCCGGAGUUGGGUCCUAUUGGUGAUGUGCUGGCGGCGUCGGGUCAUGGGGUUGUAUCAUCGGUGCUGGUGAUACAGCAACACGACUUGGUCCAUGCCAAUGAAACUCCUGUUUGCAAGAUCGUCGACGGUGAUUCCAACACAAACACACGUUCCUCCACAACUGCGGCUUCUUCUGUGUGAAGUGGAAACUAUAUAUCCUUUCUUGAUAGGAUAGGAUUUUAUAGAUGUUGACUGAGUCAGGAGUCAUUACUACUAUUACUACUACUGUGUGUAUUUGGUUUCGUUUUGUUACUUUUGUAUAUAUGGAGAUGAUUUCAAUUUCCCUCCAGGGUUAACUGUCAUCUUUUUCUUCUCU